AUGUCCUACAAUUUUACAGGUACCCCUACAGGCGAGGGGACAGGUGGUAACUCAUUGACGACUGACUUAAACACGCAGUUUGAUUUGGCUAACAUGGGGUGGAUCGGUGUUUGCGCAGCCGGUGUCUGGAUUAUGGUCCCAGGUAUUGGUCUAUUAUAUUCCGGUUUGUCAAGAAAAAAACAUGCUCUAUCACUGCUUUGGGCCUCUAUGAUGGCAUCCGCAGUGUGUAUUUUCCAGUGGUUCUUUUGGGGAUAUUCACUGGCUUUCUCACAUAAUACUAGAGGUAACGGUUUCAUUGGUACUUUAGAAUUCUUUGGGUUCCGUAAUGUUUUGGGGGCUCCAUCCAGUGUCAGCUCACUUCCUGACAUUUUGUUUGCUGUCUACCAGGGUAUGUUUGCUGCUGUCACCGGUGCUCUAAUGCUGGGUGGUGCUUGCGAAAGAGCAAGAUUAUUUCCCAUGAUGGUAUUUUUAUUUCUAUGGAUGACUAUUGUCUAUUGUCCCAUUGCAUGCUGGGUUUGGAAUGCCGAGGGCUGGUUGGUUAAACUAGGUAGUUUGGACUAUGCUGGUGGUUUAUGUGUCCACUUAACCUCCGGUCAUGGUGGGUUAGUUUACGCCCUGAUAUUGGGUAAGCGUAAUGACCCUGUUACACGUAAAGGGAUGCCUAAAUACAAACCACAUUCCGUCACUUCUGUUGUUUUGGGUACAGUUUUCUUAUGGUUUGGUUGGAUGUUCUUCAACGGUGGUUCUGCAGGAAAUGCUACGAUACGAGCAUGGUACUCUAUUAUGUCUACAAACUUGGCCGCUGCUUGCGGUGGGUUGACCUGGAUGGUUAUCGAUUACUUCAGAUCUGGUAGAAAGUGGACUACAGUUGGUCUAUGUUCAGGUAUCAUUGCCGGUUUAGUGGGUAUCACUCCAGCUGCUGGUUUCGUUCCAAUUUGGUCCGCUGUUGUUAUCGGUGUUGUCACUGCUGCAGGUUGUAAUCUUGCCGUUGAUUUGAAGAGUCUAUUGCGUAUCGAUGAUGGUCUAGACUGUUACUCUAUCCAUGGUGUAGGUGCCUGUAUUGGUUGUGUGUUGACUGGUAUCUUUGCUGCUGAUUACGUCAAUGCCACUGCAGGCUCUUACAUCAGUCCAAUUGAUGGUGGCUGGAUAAAUCAUCAUUAUAAGCAAGUUGGUUAUCAAUUAGCUGGUAUGUGCGCUGCAUUAGCCUGGACUAUUACCGUCACAUCCAUAUUGCUACUAACUAUGAACGCCAUUCCAUUCUUGAAGUUGAGAUUAAGCGUCGAUGAGGAAGAGUUAGGUACUGACGCUGCCCAAAUUGGUGAGUUUACCUACGAAGAAUCCACUGCUUACAUUCCAGAACCAAUCAGGUCAAGAACAUCUGCUCAGAUGCCACCUCCUCAUGAGAACAUUGAUGACAAGAUAGUCGGCAACACAGACGCGGAAAAGAAUUCUACGCCUUCUGACGUGUCUUCCACCAAGAACACUGACCAUAUAGUAUGA